AUGGAUGACUCCCUAUGGGCCAGUGAGGAUAUAAAAACCACAGAACCAAGUCUUCAUACAGCCAGUGUUCAGGCAAACACAUCACGGGACUAACUUUCACUGAACAGGAGAAGAUAUAAGUGGGAGUUGGCUGUAAAAGCAAUCACGGACACAGAGUACCCAUGGCAUUGACACACUCUAACCUCUCAAUGGCCACCAACUCGUCAGAAGAUCUAAUGAUCAAUUCUUCCUCAUGUGAUUCCAUCUCCCCCUCUCUGCAUCAGAACAAGCUGAUCCCCACCAUCUACAGUGUCAUCUUUGUCCUUGGUUUCGUGGGCAAUAUCCUGGUGGUGUUCGUGUUAUGUCAAAAGUCCAACCGUAAAACAGUGGCCAACACCUACAUUGUAAACUUGGCCCUCUCAGAUCUGUUGUUCCUGAUCAGCCUGCCUUUCUGGGCAAUCUACUACUCCUUUGACUACAACUGGAUGUUUGGUGGGCUGAUGUGUAAGCUAUGUGGCUGCCUCCUCUCCCUGAACGUCUACGCCAGCAUCUACUUCAUCACCUGUAUGAGUGUGGACCGCUACAGAGCCAUUGUCUAUCCCCUCCAGUCUCAGUGCAGCAGGAACCUGUGUCGGGCACGAGUGGUCAGCGGUGUGAUCUGGACCAUCGCCGGCCUCAUGACCAUCCCCACCAUGGCCUUCCGAGACACCUACCACCUGAAGGAGCUGGGGGUCACGGCCUGUGUCCUCAUCUACCCACCUACCCAGCCCUACUGGUUCCCAGGCCUGGCCCUGACCAAGAACAUCCUGGCCUUCUUGGUGCCCUUCACAGUCAUCGCCAGCUGCUACUGCCGCAUCGGGAAGCACCUCCUGGGGGGACAGCCCAGCCUGGACAAGAGUUCCAGCAACCUGGACCGCGUAAUGAAGAUGGUGGUGGCUGUGGUGCUGGCCUUCUUCGUCUGCUGGUUCCCCUUCCACGUGCUGACCUUCCUGGAUGCCCUGAGCACCCUGGGGGUGAUGCACAGCUGUUGGGUGCGCCAGGCCAUCAUUACCCUGAUGCCCUUCACCCUCUGCCUGGGCUUCUCCAACAGCGCCAUCAACCCUUUCCUCUACUGCUUUGUGGGGAACCACUUCCGGGAGCAGCUGUGGCGGCUGUACGAGGAGAAGGCUCCCAGGCUGUCCCAAAAGAGAGACUCCAUCAGCACCAGGCUCAGCUCCUUCUCCAGGAAGCUCAGCGACCUCAAGGACACAGGGCCACUGGAGACUUUGGACCAACACAGUAGGGGCCCCUAGUCUAGGGAGGUUACAUGGCAGGACUAUGAGAGGCCUGUCUGUCAGAUGUGUAACAGUUGACACCGGGGAUCCUGAAUAACCCCCAUGCCUAGUCUCCAGGGGACGUUAACCCCCCUAUCUACUCCUAAUUAGGGACAACCUGCAGGCUGGACAGAGGGAAUAUGAACAUAGAUCUAAAUGUCAGUUUAACAUCCCAUGCUACCAAGCUCAUGUUAGGGGGAAGGGAUAUUAUAUCACCAAAUCUACAGUAUAUGUGCUGGGUAAACCUGUCAUGUUGUCUGAGAUACACAGGCCAGUGUGAUAAUAAGUGUGUGAAAUAUACAACUACAGUGUAUGUGCCUUUGUACUAGUUACAAUAAUGUGGUAUGUGUAUGUUGUUUUUAUUGUAUAUAAGUAACAGAAAUAUGUCAAUGAACACAGAGCCUUCUAAACGGCAAGAAAAGGUCCAUGCAAACAUCUACUGUGAACUGUAUAAUUUGUGUCUCUUGAACCAUAAUUAACAUUGUAUUGUGUCAAAUGUACAACCCUUAUCAGGAUACGCUAUGAAAGAUAUGUUUUCCAGUCACUCUUCAUUUGAUAUAAAAGAACAAUGAAAGCCAGACAGUAAUGACAGUCUUCUUGGUGUGAAAACAAAACAUAUAUUCAAAACAUAUAUUCAGUUCAAGGCCAUGAUCAAGUUGAACAUGGGAAAGCCAGGAGUUGAGUUUGCGUCACAUUGUAGCAAUUUGAAGAUGCAUUUGAUUGUUUGUCAUACAAUCACAACUUGCUGGUGUUUUUCUCCUGACAUUUCUGUUUGCAACAGUAAUGGAGGCAAGGACAUAGACUGAGUAACAAGCAUUGAUAUAGGCAGUUGUGCUGCCACUCUGUGGCUGGGUUUGAUAACUGCAGGUGCAAAGGAAUUCUCCCUGAUUGAUAAUUGCGUAGUUUUUAUUUCAAAUUGUAGUUUUAGUUAUUAAAACCCUUCCAGACCCAUCAUAUUAUCAUCUAAUAUGGUCUGAACAUUACAAUGAACAGAAUAGGGAAAAACAAAUCAAGGUGACGUACAUGUAAAGACAAGUACUGUACUUCAAUAGUGAUUCCUGAUGGGUUUUCCUAAUGACCAGAGAGUACAGAUGUAGGAUCUUAAUUGGAUCACCGUGUUGCAUGAGAGUGUAUUGGACAUAUUUGAGGUUUAAGAAGGCUUCUGAAGUUAGUCAUUUCCACUUUGAAAUUUCAGAUUGAUUUUACCUUUCGAAAAAUGUGUCAACUCCUGCAAUCUUCUUUUCAUUAAUUAGAAUUCACAUUUCCUGUUGCUGCAGGAUUAUUUUCCUGCUGUAGCAAACUGGCUCAAAUUAAGAUCCUACAUCUGUAAGCCUAUGUGUGAUCUUUUCUUUCCUCUUAGGAUAUGAUAUGAUUUCCUGUUGAUGCUACCGUACUGUAAAUACUACCAUACCGA